UGUGAAAAUUGUGAUGGAAAAGGUCUUGGCUCUUGAUAAAGCCUUCCCACUUCCCUUGCUCGGAGCAAUGCUAGAAAAGUUUCCUUCAAAGUUUGAACCUGCUGUUUGGUGGCCUUCUACACAAUCCCAGAACAAAACCAGAGUAGAAGAAGGUAAAUUUCAUAAGAUGGAAAAGAAUGGUUGGAGUGAGGAGUUGGAAGUUGAAAUGAGAGAUAUAAUGGAAGUGGUGAAGAGAAAAGACAUUAAAGACUAUGUAAGGCUAGGCAACUUGGUGUUGAAGAUCAACAAGAUUUUGGCUAUCUCAGGCCCAUUACUCACUGGCAUUGCCGCCGUAGGUUCCACUUUUGUGGGUAAUGGAUCAUGGGCAGCGAUAAUAGCAGUGGCUGCUGGGGUAUUAGGAAGUGUUGUUAAUACUUUUGAGCAUGGUGGGCAAGUUGGAAUGGUGUUUGAGAUGUAUAGAAACUCCGCUGGCUUCUUUAGCCUAUUGGAAGAAUCAAUUGAAGGCACUCUUGAAGAAAAAGAUUUGGAAAAAAGAGAGAAUGGGGAGUUGUUUGAGAUGAAGGUGGCUUUGAAGUUUGGAAGAAGCUUGUCACAGCUAAAAGAACUUGCACGAAAAUCUGCUUAUUCUCGAAGAGAAGGAACUUCAAUUGAUGAAUUUGCAAGCAAACUUUUCUAAUUUUAGUUCUGCACAG